GUCCCAUCCAAAGCCUCGUUGCAGUCGCGUUUUUUGCUGCAUCGUUUCCUCAUUGGAAUAUCGAAUGGCCUGGGCGGCCCGCAGGCUCAAGCUCUGUCUCUGCACCUUUGUCUUCGACACGUCAUCGCCAGACUUCGAAUCCAAUGCCUUCCGAUUUCCCAUGUGCCCUCACCCACCAUCUUCUGGCCGAUGACGAUCCAUCAACCGGCGCAGAACAAGAUUAUUGUAUACCGGUGGGCGCCGGGACGUGAGCAGGCGGAGCGCAUGGAGCACUUGUCAGGCCAUUUUGAGCCAAUCUCGCAAAUAUGCGCCGCCGAAGGCAGACGGACAGAUGCACGUGCACAUUUGAUACAAUUUGGCGGACCACGGCGCGAUGGGGAGUGUGCUUAAAAGCCACGGUCUAGAGGUCAGAUCUCUCACCGCCCUCUGCCUGCAAUGCCUUCCUUCUCUCGUCUCCUGGCCUUCGCCGCGCUCUGCGCCUCCGCCUCCGCCAUCAUCCCUCCCGCACACCAGGGUGCAUUCAACCAGCCUCCCGACGCGCUGCCCCCUGCCCCCAGCACGGACGCGUCCUCCAUCGCUGACACCACCGGCCAGGUGAACCAGAAGGCGGGAGCGACGACCGACGCGGCACCCAACGCGGAGGUCCCUCCUACCACGGUCACUGCCAUCGACGGCACGCUCACGAACGCGACCAUCAGCGAGGCUAACGCUUCGAACAGCACACGCCGAAGCAUCAUCAACGACCGCCGGGUCGCCAAUGUCGGUCGAUUCGGGAAGCGCGAAGACGGCUUCCAGGAGCUCUUUUCGGGCCUCCCGGCCGGCCAGCACGACGCUUCGAUCGAGGGCACCGCUUAUUUGACCUACACGGUCGUGCCGAACUCCACUUACAACGUCGACGCAUGUUUGGACUGGGCGAAAACCAUCAAAGAUUGCGUCUUCGUCAACCUCUACUAUGAGUUCAACAACUACCUGUUGGACAAGGUCUUCGGCGAAAAGUCAAACCUCAAAUGUGUCGCGUAUGGUGACAUCCACACCGCGGCUGAGAAGGUCAACUUCGGCGGACAAACGUCGUACCCUCAGGUCGGAAAUGAGACUGUGCCCCUCACCUUCAUCACGCAGAGCAGCGGAUGGGGACUGGACGCGUUGGUGGAGCCGGAAGAUCCCGAAGGCUACCAGCUGGUGUUCGGGCCCACGAACGGCGCCAACAAUGCUCCCGGGUACAUGGGCUUUGCGUUCCUUGACAAGUAUGACGUGGAUGCCUGCGCGCUGCUUUGCAACGGCCGCGGUGCUGACCCGGUCGGUGGAGGAUGCGCCUACUUCAACAUCUGGCGUGCGCUGGUCAAUGGUGUGCCCACGACCUACACCUGCUCGAUGGUAUGUGUGGAUCGUGUGACUCGACUAGGAUGCAUUCCUCAUCGUGUUCCACCAGUACUAUCUCGUCACCGAUGAGUCCACCGCCGUCAACUACGGCCAGGGCGACCUGCAAGUGACCUACUCCCGCGGAUACAAGCGUAUUUCUGUCCUGCCCGACGGUGGGUUCGAGGACUACGCGGCCUGCAGCGACUUCUGCUUCACCACGAGUGAUGCCACCUGGGUCGGCAGCGGUGCUGGCCUGGACGAUGCGACGAUCUUCUUCUUCACCUCCUACGCUUACACCGGCCACAGCGUCGCGCUCCUCGGCGGUGCGUUCGGUGACAACAGCGACGUCGGCACGCUCUCCCCCGCGAAUGCGCUCGUCACCAAAUCCGGAGUGUCGUAUGUGAUCCAGUGCUUCGUCAACACCGCCUUCGCGGGCUCGAGCCUGGAAGCCAAGGCCACCGUGGCCAUCACCUGGAACGGCCAGACAGUCGGCACGUUCACUGGAUACACCGGAAGCACCUGGAAGUUCUUCGAGGCCACCGCAGUCGGCACUGGCAGUGACAAGCUUGCCUUUGUUGGAGGUGCGGCCCCGGCGUGGGUGUUUGUGGACAACUGCUUCGUCUACGAGGGCACCAAUGCUUAAUUGCGCGUUGGAGUGCUGUAACUCACUCAAUCUAUGUACCUUGUAGAAUUUUGGUAAAUUGGAACUCGGACUGGGACUUUUCAUGCUUCUCUUUGGUUUGAGUGGGCAGCGAGC